GCCCCAAGCGCAAAGAUGAGAAGUAACGUUGCUCAAGCCCCGUUUUAUAACGACCGCGGGGGCCUCUCAUCUUUCCAUCUCAUCGAUACAGGACUAAACAAAACCCAAACUCUACUUCCCGGCGUUCUCAAGGGACUUCUCACUCUUGAGCGUCCUCUCAUUCUCGUCACCGAGCGAAAUUCCAACCUGUAUGACGUGAUGGCCUCCCUCCCUCUUCACAGACUUUACGACAACUUUUGCACUUCAGCCCAGCGGGAAAGUCAGGAAGGAAAUGCUUAUACCCGUGGGAAUGAAAGACGCGGAGAAGAUAGAAGCACGAGAGUGAUAGGAAGAGCGAUGGCUUGCGGGAGCGUGAGUUGCUUCUCCAUGAGCACCCCUUCUCUGCAGAUGGGCAGGAGCAGCAGCAACCUUUCUCGUGGGGGCAGGGCGAGGAUGUCAAUCCCGAUGCCUCCUCUCAACCCAAAGGACCCCUUCCUCACCAAGUUGGCCUCCGCAGCGGCCGCCUCCCCAGACCCUCUUCCUGAGCUGCUCAAAAACAGGAAUCCUGAAGUCCCUCCCUACUUGGAUCUCUUCGACAGCCCCAGACUCAUGGCUAGUCCCGCUCAGGUGGAGCGUGCUGUUUCAUACGGGGAGCACAGACCACGAAAGCCUCCUCCGGAUUUGCCUUCAUUGCUUCUUCACGGCCGGAUCGUGUAUAUUGGAAUGCCAUUGGUACCAGCUGUUACGGAGCUUGUGAUUGCCGAAUUGAUGUACUUGCAAUGGGUGGAUUCAAAGCAGCCCAUCUACCUCUACAUUAACUCUACUGGAACGACACGUGAUGAUGGAGAGACGGUUGGUAUGGAGUAUGAAGGAUUUGCCAUCUAUGAUGCCAUGAUGCAGCUGAAAAAUGAGAUCCAAACUGUUGCUGUUGGAGCAGCCAUUGGUCAGGCUUGCCUACUUCUUGCUGCUGGAAAAAAGGGAAGGCGAUUUAUGAUGCCACAUUCCAAAGCCAUGAUUCAGCAACCCCGUGUCCCAUCAUCAGGGCAGAUGCCAGCUAGUGAUGUCCUCAUCCGUGCGAAAGAGGUCAUAACGAAUCGAGACACUCUUGUUAAGCUUUUAGCAAGACACACUGGCAAUUCAAUUGAGACUGUGUCCAAGGUGAUGCGGAGGCCAUUCUAUAUGGAUCCCCCAAAAGCUAAAGAGUUUGGUGUCAUUGACAAGAUUCUUUGGCGCGGUCAAGAGAUGAUGGGAGAAACUGCCUCACCUGAAGAAUGGGAUAAGAGAGCUGGCAUUAGGGCUGUUGAUGGUUUGUGAUUUGUUCAAAAAGUUGGUGCUAAAAUUCUUGUGUUCUACUUUCAAAAUCUUUUGGAAUGGCCGCCAUCCAGCUAGCACGAUCAUUCGAUACAUGUAUAGUGGUAGCAUAGCGGAUGUACUAAUUGCUUUUAGUGUAAGUUCACCACCUCGAGAGAGAAGCAUUGUAAUAAGCUGGACAGCCUACAGCUUCCUACAGGAAAAUGAAUUCACGUUUUUUCUUUUUCUUCUAA